AUGAAGCGUAUCAAACCAAACAGACUGCAGUUCUUUGAGUACGAGUCGAUAACUUUCUACUGCCAGGUGGACUCUUAUGAAGACAUUACAUUUCAGCUGAAGGGGAAAACGCCUUCAUGUGGCAGCACAACUCAGAGAAACCAAACAGAAUCAUCCUGUCACCUGAAGAAUGCCUAUGCUAGCGACAGUGGAGAGUUCUGGUGUGAGGCUGGAGGGAAGAGAAGCAACAGCAUCAACGUCAUCAUAAAAGGACGAUGGAACGUCUCUGUGGUCCUGGAGAGUCCUGCUCUUCCAGUGAUGGAGGGAGAAGCUGUGACUCUGAGAUGCAGAAACAAGGUGAACUCCAGCUUGGCGGCUGAUUUCUACAAAGACGGACUCCAUGUCAGCAGCAGCUCCUCAGGAAAGAUGGACAUCCACAGAGUUUCCAAGUCUGAUGAAGGACUCUACAAAUGCAGCAUCUCAGGAGGUGUAGAAUCAGCAGAGAGUCGGCUGACUGUCAGAGUUCACACACAACGAGCAGAUCACAGCGAGACUCGUCCCUCCUUGGACCACGGCUGCCACAUUUCCAACAUUUACCUCAUCUCCAGGACCGUGAUCACCGCUGUGAUGGUGGUUCUGCUGCUGCUGCUGGUCGGACUUCUUCACUGUGGGAAACUGGGAGCUGCAAAAAAUCCCUCUGAUCCUCCCAGAUGUGAAUGAAAGUGUGAUGAAGAAGAAGAUGGAGUGAAAGAGUGUAAAUAGGUGAUAAUGAAUCAGGUAAUGAGACGUCUGGAGGCUGAUUCUCACAUUUCAUCCACCAUCAUGUCGUCUGCAUCUCUGUUUAUUUACAAGCUGUUUUUCUGAAGCAGCUGCUGUUAAACUCUGAACAAAUGAACAUCUUCUGGAGAAUUUUAUCUUCUGCUGUUUAUUUUCUUCUACUUCAAACUUUGACCACAACCUGGACAGACUUUCUGCAGAACCACAACAUCUCUGCUGCUGUUAAUAGACUCUGACUGUUUGUUUCCAUUUCUAUAAACCAGAUGAGAAAAUUCUACGUGAAUACAGACACACUGAUAAAAACAGACUCAUUUUCUCUGAUUUCCUGGUUUUAAUGGCAGUAAAAACAGCUGGACUCUGUUUAACUUGUUGUUAUUUUAAAUGAAGCCUGCAGGGGGCAGAGUAGGACUGAAAUCAGACACAAAGACACAAGAAAAAGAACAAAUCCAGAUGCUGAUCACAUAUUUAGCAGGUUUUCUCCACAUUUCUGUAAAUAUUUUCUCUCACUGAUAAUAAAUGAUGCUGGGAUGAGAUGUGAACUAAUAUUAAAACCAGGAGCAGUUUUCCAUGAAUUCUAGAUGGAACCAGAAGAACAACAAGCUGCCACUGCUGCACAUGGACUCACUUCUGAACUCUCACAUUCAUCAUUUCACUUUUUCUGGGCUUCUGUGGAGAAAUCAGUCCAGCAGAUCUUCCAGAAUGAACUAUUUGCUAGUGAAGUUGUUGCACGUCAUUAUAGCUGUGAAUUACAAGCAGCAGUUUGUGGAUAGUUUUUGGUCCCGUCAUGUUUUUCUUCACUGUGGUUCAUGUUUCAGUCUAAAGUCCUGCAGUUCUUUGGAAACAGAACAACAUGAAGGAGGAGAGAAUUCAGAAAUGUUGUCUGUGCAGAAUGAUAGUUAUGAUAUAAAAUCUUAAAAUAUCCAAAAAUGAAAGUUUAAUUCCUUUAUUUUCCAAAAAAUUGAAAAGAAAACUGGAACCAAACGUGCCGAGUUUUACCAACACGAGUGAAAAAGUGGUGACUCCACAUCCUGGACAUAUUUAACUUUUUACAUAUUGAAUGUCCAUAUUUCUGACAUUUAUAUGUCACAACUUUAAUCUCACAUUCAGUUCAUUUUCCCCACAGAUCACAUCACAUCACACAAGAUCAGCUCUUGGACUGUUUGAAAGUUGAUAAUUCAGUGCUUCAGUCUGUUUUCUACCAUUGUGUGGCUCUGAAAUGGUGACAUUUUGUUGGGUUUUAUUUCUACACUUCUUUAAAGUAUAACAUAUUUCUGACCUGCUGAGAGGUUUUUGAGUCUUGAUAGUAAAAAGCGUUUCUGUCUGCAGAACUGCUCAUGUUUAAACCUGCAUGUUUAAACCUUUGCCUCCCCCUUCUGGCAGUGACAGUAAUUACACCAACACUUCACUUUGUUGCACAUUUGAGGCAUUUUUGUAUCAGGGAGGAGUUUGUGUUUUUUUUCUUUCAUGUUUCUACUGAUGUUCCAGAAGUCUGUGUUGCCCUGAACAUGUUUAAAGUUCUAUUACAUGAGGUGAAUAGCUGUAAAACGCCCCCUACAGGUUAAAAGCGCAAACUGUUGCC